AUGCGUGCCGAAGCUGCCUACACUCUCAGCUACGGUCCUCUCACCGCCUUGCAGUCGCAGUGCUGGCCCAUGGCACUGCAUGGCAGAGACCUCCUCGCCAUCGCACACACCCGAGCUCCAGCCAACGAGCAGGCUUACCUUCUUCCGGCCAUCGUGCACGCCUUGCGCCAACCUGUCCGAUCAAGAGGCCACGGCCCCGUUGAGCUCGUACUCGUUCCGACCCGAGAGGUGGCAGAGAAAAUUCAACUGCUAGUUUCGGACUUGGAGAAGUACACCGAUGUCCGUUCCGUAUGCCUGUGCUCGGGUGACUGGAAGGAAAGGCAGCUGCAGAGGCUUAAGAAAGCGAGUUACGGGAUGUGGGUCGCGACGCCUAGCCGUCUCCUCUUGUUCUCGGAGGAAGGGAAGGUGAACAAUAGCAGCUGCACGCUUCUGGUGCUGGAUGAAGCUGACCGGAUGCUGGCGAUGGCUUUCGAGAAAACGCUUCGCUCCAUUGCGGCCCUCGUCCGGCCUGAUCGUCAGACGCUCAUAUUCGCCAACUCUGGAUCGAGCGAGAUUGGAGACCUUGCCGACUGCUUGCUUAAUGACUACGUCCAGGACAUUCUCAGGGAGAAAGAAGACAAGGCGAUCGUCUUCGUCGAGACUAGGUUGACGGUGGACGAGAUGGUGCUCGAGUUACGACACGGGGACUGGUCCGUCGUCGGCAUCCAUGGCGCAAAUAUGAGAGACGAGCGACAGAAGGCGCUGGACGCGUUCAAGUCGGGCUCUUCGAGCAUUCUGGUGCUGACCGACGUUGCAGCUCAGCGACUGGACGUCGACCGCGUGCGCUUCGUCGUCCACUACGACCGAGCAGCGAAUGCGGACGUCUCCGUGAACCGGGUGAAUUGCGCGUCGGGCUGUGACGGAUCAAGAAUGGCGUACGCCUUUCUGGCUCCGGACGACGCGCGUCACGCGAAAGAGCUCGUCUCUCACCUUCUAGACUCCGGCGAGAAGAUUCAUCCUCGGCUCCUCGAAAUCGCCGAAGGGGCAUCGCGCUGCGUCGCGUAUGAAGGGAAACAGCGACAGCCCCAAGCAAAGCCAGCCGCAGUGCGCGUGCCAGGCCUGCCUGCGCACGAGCUCCGGCCGAGAAGCGAGCGCGAGCGACGGUGGAAGACAGCGAGGGUAGGAUGGUUUCUUCGCAAGCCCAACUGGAAGAACAUCCAACUGGAGCCGUUCGAGAAGAACCUCUACGAGGAACACCCGGCCACGGCAAGCCGGUCGAUGGCCGAUGUGGAAGCCUACAGAAAAGCGAACGGCGUAUCGGUGAAAGGGCGCGACGUGCCGAAACCUAUCCUCGCCUUGGAAGGGUCCAACUUUCCGGACUUCAUCGUCAAAGGUAUUGAGGUCGGCGAGCUGGCCAAGCAGAUUCACACCGUGGCCUCAGAGCUCGGCAAGCGUACCGCGGUGCGCAGUGUGUGCGCAGCGAACGGCGAGCGAAAGAAAAGCGAGUACGCCGAGCUCCAGGGUGGCUGCCGUAUCUUCGUGGCCACACCUCGAUGCCUCAUCGAGUUCCUCGAGGAAGGCCAGGUGAACCUCCACGGGUGCACGUACCUUGUGUUCGAUGAAGUGGACCGCAUGCUGACUAUGGGCUACCAGCGCCAUGUUCUCAAGAUUGUGGAGCUUUGCCGGCCGGACCACCAAACUAUAAUGUGGGCCAUAUCCUGGCAGAAGAAUCUGAAGCCACUUAUUGAGGAUGUGUUCGACGACUACGUCGAAAUAAGCUUUGGUACGACGCCCCGCCCUGUUGAAAACACCGUGGAAAUGACCGUCGACGUGUGCCCGGAGGAAGACAAAGAAGCGAAAUUGGCGGAACUCUUGGACGACGCCCUCAAGGAAAAGACAGACAGAGCCGUGGUGGUUCGCUGA